AUGGAUAAUGCUAAAAUUGAAGGCAUAAAAAUUAACUGCUUCGUAUCAGAUUCAGCUGGCAAAUACGCAGCUGCAAGUAAACUAUCAUGGCAACGAUUUAUAUCAAAAAAUACUAAUGAGAUUAAAACACUUUCACCUGAUAUUAUAUCGAUUAUACAAAAUUCACACCUUUGGAACUGGCUUUACGAUCUUCAGGAUUUGCUAUUUCCUUUGUAUUGUGUAUUAAAUAAACUUCAGAAAGAUGUCGCAAGGUUGUAUGAAGUUGCACAUUGUUUUGGAUGGCUUGUUAAGGUUUUUAAAAACCAUGAUAAUGAAGAUUUUUCAGAUCAUAUGGAACAGCUAUUACUUUUAUUAUCAUUAGGUUUGCACCCAAAUUAUCAGCUUUCAAAGUUUUCUUCCAAAAUACCAAAACGCAUUUUGUGUGAAUUUUUAUUAUACCAGAGAGAAGUAUUUCCUUUCAAUAAAGAAACUUACAGUCAAUUUGAUAAGAACAUUAUUGAUUUUUGGGAAUCAGCAAGAGGUCUCACACCAGAACUAUCUCGACUAGCUUUACAAUUAUUCGGAAUAUGUGAAGAUAUUUCACAAGAAUUAGAGGAACCUUUUACAAGUAAUAACAAAAUUGGUUCACAAACUUCUAACAAUCUGCCAAUUGAACCUGACAAUCCACAAAUUAAACCUGAUGAUCUGCUAACUGAGCCAAGUGAAAUGACUGAAUCAAAAUUGACUAAAGCAGUUGAAAUAACUGGAGAAGGCAUGAUAAAUGAUUCUGAAACCUCUGAUGAUAAAGAGCAUUGGUCGAAUGUAGUUGAGGAUUGGAUUGAAACAUUGGAUCUUGAAAAUCGUUUAGAAAAUGGCGAAAUUGUCAGUGAUGAACCACCAGAAUUUGAAUUUUGUAGACGCAUGAUUUAUCUAGCAGAUGAUCCAUUAGCAAAAUGGAAUUUGUCAGAAUUAUUCGAUAAUUCACUGGAUGCACCUAUUUUUUUUGUUUUUUAG